AUGAAUAAUCAGUAUUAUAAUAUUACUACAACAAAUCCUAUUGCAUCUUUAGAACAUAUGGCAUUAUGUGUGGGUGAAGAACCUCAAAGAAUAAAUAAAGAAAAUUUGUACAAAAGAGUUAAGAAACCUAAAACUUCAUUAUCAUUUCCUCAAUUAGUUGGUUUAAUUAUAAUUAAUACAACAACAAAAGCAUUAUCUGUAAGUGAAAUUUAUGAAAUAGUAUCAGAUAUUUUUCCAUGUUAUGAUGAUACAAAUCCAACAUGGAAAAAUUCAAUAAGACAUAAUUUAUCAACAAAAGAUUGGUUUCAAAAACUUCGUGAACCAUUAACUGAUAAUGGAUUUCGUCAAAGUUGUAUUUGGGGAUUUAGAACAUUAUCAUGUAUAAAUCAAAUUCUUGAAAAAGUUCAAACAACAGUAAAAAAAGAUUCAAAAAGUAUUAUAGAACAUAUGAAAAAACCAGAAAAUUUUGAAAAAUUUAUAAAUGGAAAUUUAAUGAUAAUUCCAAAAGAUUGUGGAACAUAUAAAUUUAAUCAAACAAUUCCAAUACAAUAUCAUUAUAAAGAAUUUUAUUCAGAAAUAUUAGAUAUAAAUGAAAGAAAUGAAAAUUUAUAUUUAAAACAAAAUAGUAUAUUAAAUAAUUAUAAUACAAUAAAAAAAGUUACAUCAUCUAAAAGAAAAUAUACAAAUAAUGAUAAUGAUGAUAUUGAUAAUCAACCUGAAAUUAAAAAAGUAUAUAAUUAUAUGUAUUGUCAAGAUAAUUAUCAAUAUUCUGAUGAAACAAUAUAUUAUAAUAAUUAUUAUAAUAAUACAUAUGAAAAUUAUAAAAAUCAAGAUACAACUUCACCACCUAUAUCACCUAUACCACAUUCUCCAAUUAUUGAUAUUAAUUGUUCUGUUGAUAGUGGUGUUGGUUCUAUGUAUAUGAAUUCACCUCAAUCAUUUGAAGUACCAAAUUAUCAAAAUGAAAAUACUUCUUUGAAUAUAACAAGAGAUAAUGCUCCCGAAAUAAUGAAUGAAUUUUUUUAUAUUUAUGAUAAUUAA